ACGCGUAUUAUCGCUAACAUGGUGCAUGCAGUCCGAGAAACAAAACAUUACAAUUCAGGGAUUAAAGCAUCAUAAAUCAAGGAUAAAACAUCAUAAUGUUAUAACCAUUGAAGAAGGCACAACUGGUUAGAUUUUGGUGGGCGACAACUCUGGUUACAAGACGUGAACUCAUGGAGAAAAUGUUCAAGUUUGCUCUGCUCAUCUGCCUUGGUUUUCUACCCGAUGUCGUCAGUAGCACUGGUUCCCUUGAUCUGAGUAUUGUCGGCUAUGAGAAGGAAUGCACGAACGACUCCAACUGCAAGAACACUGGCUUAGUGAUUGGGACUUUCAAAGACAGAGCUGCGAGCAAAGAGGGCAGGUGCACCCACGUCACUUUGCUUCAAUGUGAUCCAAGUGCGGACUGUCGCCAAUCGUCAUCAUGGCAAGAGACGUGCCAACUGUUCGCGUACCCCUGCCAGAUGAGCACCUGUGGGAACAGCUCACUUAACCAGCACAAGUGCGACUGCUCCACUUGUCACCCGACCGUCAUCUGGUUCCUUGCCACCCCGACCCUGGCGUAUCGACUCACUGCCAAAAUCAUGGAGAAUAAUACAGAGUUGGGACAAGUGGUCAGCAAUGUCUUUUGGCCUGAUGAUGUUCAUGGUAUGGAACAGAGUUUCUACUUGAUUCAACUUAUCCCCGAGAUCCUCGUCAUAGAUUAA